AUGCUGUGGGUAACUCUCCCCCUGGUUUGGGACCUAGGUAAUGCUCGUGCAGUCACGACUUUAUUAAUCAGCUUACUAUGCGUUUUCGGAAUAUGGGUUCUCAGCUACUUCAGGUGGAAACACCACGCUGCAAAGGUGAACCGUCAGGCUCUUGUCGGUCUAUUUGACCUUUUAGUGGUUUCUAGUGCUGGGGAUGCUAUGGAUACUACUACCGCCGUUUUCAAGACCGGGCACUGGUUGACCCACGUCCGUCUGCUACUUUACUGCGUAUUGGUAGUUCUCUUAUCCAUCCUUGGCAUUGCUGCCGGCCCAGUCGCCCGAUAUAUAGUAGACUAUGGUUUCGUAAUCAGAGAUACAGAGGUACCCGGGGCCAUGGCAACGAUCGAUCACACCAAUGUACGUUCAGCUCUGGUUAAAUGGAACUCAACUAUCAACCGUCUGGAUGCCGCCGGUUUCCCAUAUACAGAGAUGUUGGAUUUCCUCCCAGAUAACGGCGUGGACUGGCAAUACAAAUCUUCCGAGUGGAAUUCCAGUUGGAAGAUGUCUUGCGAAUAUACUCCUCUAACCGAAUUUCCCGUUAAAGCUGAAUGGACCAUACCGGCAAUGAUACUCGAUGAGAUCCCCGACGUACGUUUAGCCUAUCCAUCCGACAUCCAAGAAACGUUAUUUAGAUAUCGGGAAGUUGCGGGGCUGGCAGGAUUUUAUGCGAAGCGGACAUUAUACCAAGACCUUCUUUUGUUUGUCUUGCUCUCGACUGGCUCUAAUACUGUUCGUGUCCAAGCAAACAAUGAAACAAUGCGUAUGACAUUUUUGGCUUUCCACUUACACAACAUCCCUAGGGCCAAUGUCAGGGGCAACAACGAACGUUCCUUCGGGAUCGGUCCAGCUGAAUAUUCAGCAUACACUCGAGCAGAUUGCGAUAUUCGCCUGGGGCGCGUCCUUGAUCCCAACCAUAUCGCGUACCUGUGGACGGAAGACACAGAUUCCAUUGUCAGAGCCUUUUCAGAUUUCCAUCAGGCCAACCUCGUGGAGCAGUCCAUAAACAAUAAGUCCAUAUAUCAUCCGACGGGACAAGACCUUAUACGAUUCUUCCAGACCUACAUGAUUACAAAGGAUACCCAGUAUCAACAUGCCGUAGCACGCACAAUUAGUAAAGGGAUAUUCGUUCCGCGCACCAAGGUCGACUGGGUGAUGGAGGCGGUUCGAGAAGUUUCAGCUCGGGAUGUAAGUGUAGCCAAAGCAGAGGCUUCACGAGAACAGUUGUAUGUGGACAUGGGCGCCUCGGAUUAUGGUGAUUUUACAAGCUCUAUAGGCAGACAUGUUGGCCUUCGAGUAUAA